GGGAAAGGGACUCCAAGAGACCCACAGAAUAGUCCAGGUAUCCACUUGGGCCUCAAACUUCCUUCUCAGAAGCGCUGCCGUCAUCCCAAAGCUGACUACCCCUGCCCGCGUACCUAGCCGCAGACCCCCACCAUCAUCAGCUGCUACCUAGCCCGUCGUGUCCGUGUGCUGAGCUCUUUCGGCGGCCUACGGCCGACCCCAAACUUGCCGCGCACCUAAGCACGGCCUCGCUCAUCGCACGACUCUGCACGACAGUACACACACCCCUCCUGCCGAGCAUCCUCAGUCCUCUUCAACCAUGUUCCCCACAUUCUCCGGCACAUCGCGGCGGCCGAGAAACGUCAACCUCAGCGGCCAACGAAGCGACCCCUUCGCCGGUACCUCGUGGGGCGCUGGGCCCUCAACUGGCACCACCAAAUCCGUCGCCGAGGCCCAGGCUGACCGCCAGAGGAGGCAACAGGAAAGGGAUCGUCUGCGGGCUGCACAAAACAUCCAACGGACAUGGAGGGGCCACCACGAGAGGCAGGCCCUCCAGGCUGAGCGCCGCCGCCUCUUCAACGACCUGUACCGCUGCCAGCCCCCGCUCAGCCUCAGCGAACGGGUGUCCCGCGCGUUCCCGCUGCUUCCGAGUCUCAUCGGUGCCGACCACGAGGAGGACUACGAAGGGCUCACCAAGUUCACCGAGGAUCUGGCCCAAGACGAGUCUGGUGUGUUCUCCCCCGAACAGACCCCGACGGCAAGGCUCAAGAGCCUAGUCCGCAUGCUUGUGGCAACCGCCAUCAAGACCGAGAAACCCGCGGCCCAAGUUGGGGUCUUACUAAAGCUGUUGGUGCUGCUUGUCGAAAGACGACCAGAAUCGGCGGCCGAUAGUCUUGAUUCCUAUUACACCUUACUCGCCCACAUCAUCAAGGAGGAACAAUUAGAUGGCCAUGACUGUAGCGGGUUGCCCCUCGCCGCCAUCUCGUUGCCCUUGGGGGUGCCAUCAGACAUCAUUGCUUCCAAAGCGUACCGAGCCUUUGUCGCCUACUUCCUUACCUCGCCCGACCUGAAGCCUGUCGAGGAGCACACAAAGGUGCUGGUAGAGAGCAUAGAGCCGGAACGACUAUCAGCAGCGGUAGUGGACGAAUUCUCGUCCGGCGGUACCCUGGCGAGUGCCCCCAAGGACAACCUUCUCUGGCUUCUGGCUCGCUUCAUCGACAUACAGCGAGCCCAGUCCGCAACCUCCCAGACCUCAGCAUACGCCAAGGCGCUGCAUCUUCAGCUGUCAAAUCUGGCGUCUGAAAUAAGGACUCGCUUCACGCCUCUCAGCUCCCGGGAUUCCCCUAGGUCAGAUGCAGCUACUGCAAACUUACAGCUACCUCACUACGUUUCCAAGCAACUGUCGUCUCUGGUGGAGCGCGGCGAGAUCUCCAAUCUGCUAAGCAAAUUCGUCUUCAACUACGGAGCCACGUCGUCACAACCCGUAGGCGAUGCUAGCAUCCUAGCUGGCUACAUUCUAACACUGAUUCGCUGCUUCCCAAGUCGUGGGGACGACAUCCGAAUGAGACUUUACCUGGCCGAUAUUGCGGGCCAGUCCGAGAAGCAGAAGCUUCCCUCGAUCAAAUUUUUCUGGGAGGCCGUCAAGACGACAACCGUGUUCUCACGCGUUAUCCGCGACGAGAAGUCGGCUCACGCUUUCCUCCUGCAACGGACCUAUUUCCAGACAUCCUCAACGGACUCGGCAUGGGAUCGCGAGUGGCGGACGGUUCUGCUCUUCCUUGAGCUCUAUGUCUUCGUUCUCCGACUCACGGACGAUGAGGAUUUCUUCAGUGGCAUCUCUGGAACUCCCACGGGCGGCACUCCUCGCCUGGCUGGCUGCAGUCUCCUACGGGGUGAUCUCGAAAACCUGUCGCUCUUCCUCAAAAACCUCGGCUUCACCUUGUACCAUCACGCGGCAGACCUCCUGCAGGUUGAGGGCACGGCAGAAAACGCUGUGCAAUCGCUAGAUGAUGUUGUCAGGCUGACGCCGACGAGGGGUAAGACGCGGGACAAGGUGUCGUCAAGCUUCACUGUGAUCUCGGGGAUUGACUUUGAGGCGUUCCGCAAUAUCGCCAUCACCACCAUACGAAUGCUAUACGAGCGAGACUCGCGUCGGCCGUUUCUACCGCCGGGUCACUGGCUCAUGACGUCCCGCUUCGACAUGGACAGUUUCCUAUCGGCGGUGGUGCUGGAGGAGCAGAGACAGCAUGACAUCAGAGGCAACGACAGCGAAGAGGAGGUGAGCGACGAGGAUGAAGAGCUGGGAGACAUGCUCGGCAGCAGCAGCCACCAGGUUUUCAGCUGGGCUGGCCAACGCCGGUCGAGACAUGCCAUGGUUGAGCAGUUCAAGACCCGCCAGAAGAAGCUGCAGCGUGACAGGACACUGGCCGUGAUAGGGCCCAAGCUGGAGAUACUCCGCAACAUGCCGUUUGUUAUACCUUUCGAGAAGCGAGUGCAGAUAUUCCGCCAGUUUGUCCACCUCGACAAGGAGCGGCGCCGUCACGGGCAUGUUGACGCGGACCAGUGGCGCCAGUUUGUUCUCAGCGCAGGCUCCAGAGACCCAAUACCCGCAAGAGGAGUUAUCGGCCGCCAUCAUGCCAAGAUCAAGCGGGGGAAUGUUUUUGACGACGCCUAUGACCAGUUCUACCCGCUCGGAGAUGGUCUCAAGGAACCAAUUCAGAUUACCUUUGUCGACCAGUUCGACACGAUCGAGGCAGGCAUCGAUGGGGGCGGAGUCACCAAGGAAUUCCUGACAAGCAUCACAACGGAGGCAUUCGGCAGCAGCCAACAUAACCUGUUUGUUGCCAACGGGUCGAACGCCAUGUACCCGAACCCAUCUUCGCUCGAUCAACUCCAAGAGUCGCUGAGGGACAUGGGAUUUCUUGAGGGAAGCGACGAGUGGACCCUACAGGUGCAGACACUGCUCGAGCAGUACGAGUUCCUGGGCCGUAUUGUUGGCAAGUGCAUGUAUGAGGGGAUCCUCAUCGACAUUGCCUUUGCCGGUUUCUUCCUGCUCAAGUGGGUAUCAGCCGCGACGGAUCUGGGGUACCGGGCCAGCAUCAACGACGUGCGCGAGAUGGACGAGGAGCUGUACCAAGGCCUCUUGCGCCUCAAGAACAUGCAAUCUGACGUAUCAGAGCUCGAGCUGGACUUUACCAUCAACGACCAGGUCUCGGCAACCGGCGAAGAGACGGUGACGAUAACGCGGGACCUGAUGCCCAACGGCAAGGACGUGGCGGUGACCAACGAGAACAGGCCGCUGUACAUAUCGUACGUGGCACGGCAUCGGCUCGUAGCGCAACCGUAUCAGCAGACGCGGGCGUUCUUGCGCGGACUGGGAAGCAUCAUUGACCCCGCGUGGCUGUGCAUGUUCAACCAGAGCGAGCUGCAGCGGCUGGUCGGCGGCGACUCGUCCGAGAUCGACCUGGAAGACCUUCGGAAGCACACCGUCUACAGCGGCGUGUACGAGGUUGGCGACGAUGGGAAGGACCAUCCCACCAUCGACCUCUUCUGGCAGGCCAUGCACGAGUUCCAGGACUCGGAGCGCCGUGACGUGCUCAAAUAUGUCACAUCGACCCCGCGUGCCCCGCUCCUCGGCUUCUUUCAGCUGAAGCCGCUGUUCAGCAUACGCGACGGUGGUGGCGACCCCGAACGUCUGCCCAGUGCAGCCACGUGUAUCAACCUUCUCAAGCUCCCUCGCUACCCGACGCUGGAGAUUCUCAAGAAUAAGCUGAGAUACGCGGUCUCGUCUAACGCGGGAUUCGAUCUGAGCUAAGAGCAGUUAGGUUCCUUGCUAAGCUACAACGACGAUUGCCGGCUGGGUAGGUUGUUGAAUCCGUGUCCUUUUUUUCGUUCAUUUUAUUGUUGUGAGCCAAGGGGACAAUCUAAGCGAGUUCGUGCCCCAGGGACGCUUUUGAUCGUAGCAAUGGCGUUUAUUACGAAUAGACCUACAUAAUUUUGGAACCCGCUGGCAUGAGGGCAGAUGGCCUGGUUGUGCGGUUUGUACAGCGUGCAGGAUUAAACGUGGGAUAUAGGGUUGCAGUAGCCAGUAACAGCGAUGUGUUGUAGAUGGAUUCAGUGCUGUUGUGCAAGACGGAGGACUACCUAGAUGUCAAGGUUCAGCCGAAAUAAUCAAGUAUUACCCAUUGUUUGUUGUUAUUAGUCCGCGUGUCUUGGUUCUAAUGUACGUUUUCACACGGUAUGUACAUAUAAUUCUUUUCUUUUUCUUCGGGCUUUUGCGUCCGGGGUCGUUUGUAUCCCAGAAGGUGUUGGUAUUAUAAAUGGUAAACAGAGGCCUUUUUCUCUA